AUGGCACCUCGAUUCAACUCUUUUCUCCAAGUCAUUGCACAUGCCGACAAGUUCCCACAUGAAUUUGACCCAAAAAAUCCUGACGAGGUCCAUCAUACCAUCCCCUUUCGACUAGGACCCUAUAUUGUGGGCAGAAUUUUACCAAGCACGUUACCAGCUUUGAUCGAAUACAACGACGCCCAGCAACAUCCACCCUUUGAAAUCGUUGAAGGAUCAUACAUUUCAUUUGCAUCAUGGGUCAAUUCAUUCGAGAAGCGGUCUCAAGUCAUGAAAGAUUUGUUGGAGACAUGGCGUGCCAACAAAACAUUCAAGGUCCUUGCUGGAUGGCGAAAUGAAAUCUUCCCCGUUUUUGGAGAUUCGAGUCGAUCUGAUAAUGUAUCCUUUGUCAUUGAGCGUGCAGGUACACCUCUCUUUGGCAUCUCACAAUUUGGCGCACACUUGAAUGCCUAUGUGCGUGACCCUGUGGAUGGUAGCAUCAAGCUUUGGGUAGCGAGGCGCAGUCUCACAAAACAAACUUGGCCAGGUCUUUUGGAUAACUGUGUGGCAGGUGGCGUUGCGUACAACCAAUCAACUCGAGAUACGAUCAUUAGAGAAUGUAAUGAAGAAGCUAGCAUUCCAUCCGACAUUUCUGAAAAGGCUCGAAGCGUGGGUGCAGUGACCUACUUUACCUACACAGACCAUGGCCUAGUACCCGAGACACAGUACACAUUUGAUCUCGAGCUUCCUCAUGGUGUAGUUCCCACCCCACAGGAUGGAGAGGUAGACUGUUUUUAUCUUUGGCCACUUGAAAAGGUCCGUGAAACGUUGUUGAAUGACGAAUGGAAGCCCAACUCGGCCUUGGUCACCAUUGACUUCUUGAUGCGACAUUCGAUCAUCAGCGCGGAUACUGAGCCCGAUUACAUUGAUAUCACCUAUCGUUUGCAUCGAAAGCUUGAGUUCCCUACACCACAUAGGAUGCCCGAAUUCAGUGUCAAGCCUAUGAAUACGGUCAUGUAA